AUGUGUGGCGGUGCUAUAAUUUCUGAUUUCAUCUGGUCCAAAUCUUCGUUUGCUGAGGCAGAGCUUGAGUCAGACCCGAGUCAACUCGGUCGUAGCGGUUGUGUCUCCAUCGAGAAGCGUAAACCCGUCUCAGUUGGUGGGCAAAAGGACAAGAAACAAAAGAGACAGAGGAAGAAUCUUUAUAGAGGGAUAAGAAAAAGGCCAUGGGGCAAAUGGGCAGCUGAGAUUCGUGACCCGAGGAAAGGUGUUCGUGUCUGGCUUGGCACAUUCAAAACCUCUGAGGAAGCUGCUCGAGCCUACGACGUUGCAGCCAUUAAAAUCCGUGGCGGAAAAGCCAAACUGAAUUUCCCCAACGAAGACAUUAAUUUGACAUCUGACUCGACCAGGAAUGGCCUCGACGCUAAAGUAGGUAAUGAUCUGAGCGAUGCUUGUUGCGAGUGUCCUAAACAGAAUUGGAAUGAGAAUGAAAACGAUGUGGAGAGAUUGUCGGAGGAGCUUAUGGCGUUGGAAGAUUACAUGAGAUUCUAUCAGAUUCCGUAUCUUGACGACUCUGUUCCUCAAGUAAGCUUCAUUGGAAAUCUUUGGAGCUUCUAA